AUGGAAAGAAGGGUGUCCCAGGUGGAGGCAGGGGGCCAGGCGAAGGUCCCUGAGAGUCAACCGUAUGUCACUGCUGUGACUCUGUACACUGGUAGCACCUUGUCCAACGUGAGGUGCCACUGGGGAAACGAAGGAGACAUCAGCUCAGCACGGACACCCCAAGGCAGCCCAAGGUGGCCCAACAGGGGCCUUGUUCUGACUGUGGGCGCCUUCACUCUCCUGCUUCUCUUCAGUCUGCACGUGUCACCACCCACCUGCACAGUCCCUGAGAAGCCCCCAGGUACCCCUGACACUCUGACCUGGACCACCCCGCCUGCCCGUCCACCCCCGACCCCAUGCCAUGCCAACACCUCUAUGGCCGACCUCCCGGACUUCACCCAGCAGCCUCAGCACAUCCGCAACUUCCUGCUGUAUAGACACUGCCGCAACUUCCCGCAGCUGCAGGAUGUGCCCCUGGAGAAGUGCUCACAGCCCGUCUUCCUGCUGCUGGCGAUCAAGUCCUCACCCAGAAACUACGAGCGCAGGGAGCUGCUGCGGCGCACCUGGGGCCGUGAGCGCAGCGUGCAGGGCCUGCAGUUGCGCCGCCUCUUCCUGGUUGGCACCGACCCCAGCCCACAUGAGGCCCGCAAGGUCAACCGGCUGCUGGCGCUGGAGGCACGGACGCACGGUGACAUCUUGCAGUGGGACUUCCACGACUCCUUCUUCAACCUCACGCUCAAGCAGGUGCUGUUCCUACAGUGGCAGGAGACAAGGUGUGCCAGCGCCAGCUUCGUGCUCAAUGGGGACGAUGAUGUCUUUGCACACACAGACAACAUGGUCUCCUACCUGCAGGGCCAUGACCCUGACCGCCAUCUCUUCGUGGGACACCUGAUCCAAAAUGUGGGCCCCAUCCGGGUUUCAUACAGCAAGUACUACGUGCCGAUGGUGGUGACCCAGGAGGAGAAAUACCCACCCUACUGUGGCGGAGGUGGCUUCCUGCUGUCCCGUUUCACGGCCACUGCCCUGCGCCGGGCUGCCCGUGUCCUGGACCUCUUCCCCAUUGACGACGUGUUCCUGGGCAUGUGCCUGAAGCUGGAGGGACUGAAGCCCAGCUCGCACAGCGGCAUCCGCACGGCCGGCGUGCACGCGCCCUCUGCACGCUUGUCUUCCUUUGACCCUUGCUUCUACCGGGAGCUGCUGCUGGUGCACCGCUUUCUGCCCUAUGAGAUGCUGCUCAUGUGGGAUGCGCUGAGCCAGGCUGACCUCACCUGCGGCAAACGGACGCAGGUCUACUGA